CCCAGGCUGUGAUACCUACUAGGCAUUCGCCUGGUGUCCUGUGUCUGCCUGCUCAACAUUUGUCUGCUGACAGGAAGCCCUUUCUUGUCCCUGACGGAAGCUCUCUGAGGCCAGCUGCGGCCGUGGAGGUGCAAGGAGUCCAGGCAGGCCAGCCGGAUGAGCGGGGAGUGGGGGCAUCAGGGCCAGACCCUGAUCUGGGCUGUUUGGGUCCUUGCAGCUGCCACCGAGGGGCCAGCCGCGGAUGCACCGAUGAGGAGCACCAGGCUGGGAUGGGUCCGGGGGAAGCAAGCCAUUGUGCUGGGAAGCACCAUGCCUGUGAACAUGUUCCUUGGGAUCCCCUACGCUGCGCCCCCUCUAGGACCCCUGCGAUUUAAGAAACCAAAGCCUGCCUUGCCCUGGAAUGAGCUCCGAGAUGCCACGUCCUACCCUAAAUUGUGCCUCCAGAACUCAGAGUGGCUGCUCUCAGAUCAACACUUUCUCAAGGUGCAUUACCCCAAAUUGGAAGUGUCCGAAGACUGCCUGUACCUUAACAUCUAUGUGCCCGCCCAUGCGGACACCGGCUCCAAGCUCCCCGUCAUGGUGUGGCUCCCCGGGGGUGCCUUCGAGACUGGCUCAGCCUCCAUCUUCGACGGGUCCGCCCUGGCUGCCUAUGAGGAUGUGCUGAUUGUGACCACCCAGUACCGGCUAGGAAUAUUUGGUUUCUUCAACACAGGGGACCAGCAUGCUCGGGGGAACUGGGCCUUCCUGGACCAGAUGGCCGCCUUAACCUGGGUCCAGGAGAACAUCGAGUUCUUCGGUGGGGACCCACGCUCUGUGACCCUCUUUGGCGAGUCAGCGGGAGCCAUAAGUGUUUCCAGCCUUAUUCUAUCCCCCAUGGCGAAUGGCUUAUUCCAUAAAGCCAUCAUGGAGAGUGGGGUAGCCAUCAUCCCUUUCCUGAGGGCCCCCGAUGAUGAGAGGAAUGAAGAUUUGCAGGUGAUCGCGCAUGUCUGUGGUUGCAACGCAUCAGACUCCGAGGCCUUGCUGCAGUGCCUGAGGGCUAAAUCCCCCGAGGAGUUGUUGGACAUCAACAAGAAAACCAAGUCUUUCACUCGAGUGGUUGAUGGUUUUUUCUUUCCUGAUGAGCCUCUAGACCUAUUGACUGAAAAAACAUUUAAUUCCGUUCCUUCUGUCAUCGGAGUCAAUAACCACGAGUGUGGCUUCCUGCUGCCCAUGAAAGAGUUUCCUGAGAUCCUCGGGGGCUCCAACAAGUCUCUCGCCCUGCACUUGCUACACACAGUCCUGCACAUCCCCAACCAGUAUUUAUACCUUGUGGCUGAUCAAUACUUCUCCAACAAGCACUCCCCGGUUGAGAUACGAGAUAGUUUUCUGGACUUGCUUGGAGAUGUGUUCUUUGUGGUCCCUGGGGUGGUCACAGCUCGAUAUCACAGAGUGAGAGGGAGUUCUCAAGAAUGUGUGGGAUAUAACCCUGCACACUGA